AUGGCCCCUUCUGCGACCGUUGACGAGAUUGCGCCUAUGCAUCUACCCGCGCACUCUAAACGGUCUACGAUCAAUGCGUCCGUCUUGCAUGGUCCACGAGACCUACGAUUGGAAACCCGACACAUAGAUGAACCGGGCAUUGGUGAGCUACAGAUUGCCGUCAAGUCGACGGGAAUCUGCGGCUCGGAUGUGUCCUACUACAAGAAGUUUGCCAACGGCGACCUCUGUGCAUGUGCACCUCUCUCCCUAGGACAUGAAUCGUCCGGGGUCGUUGUGGCAAUCGGCCCCCAAGCAGGAGGCUUCAAAAUUGGCGACAGAGUUGCUCUUGAAGUUGGCCUCCCAUGCGGUCAAUGUUCCAUCUGUAGGAAGGGGCGGUAUAACCUCUGCAAGAAGAUGCGCUUUCGAUCGAGCGCAAAGAGUGUACCUCACUUCCAGGGAACUCUGCAGGAAAGGAUUAAUCACCCAGCUAUCUGGUGCCACAAGUUGCCUGAGCAUGUCUCGUUUGAGGCUGCGGCACUCCUCGAACCCCUUUCAGUGGCGAUUCACGCUGUGAAUCGUGCCUGUCCCGUCCCUGGGUCUACAGCGCUGGUCAUGGGCGCCGGGACUGUCGGCCUCCUGACUGCAGCAAUGGCACGCCAAUCUGGUUGCACCAACGUGACGAUUACCGAUGUGGAUGCUGGCCGCGUUGACUACGCUGUACAGCGAGGCUUUGCAACACAUGGAUAUGUGGUCCCACGCCCGUUGCAUAGUUCGUCCAGUAGCUCGUCCAUCUUCACCAACUCCGGGGCUUCGACGCCGCCCGACGCCGGGGUCAUGACGCCGGCCAGUCUCUUCUCCAAUUCGAUCCAAGGUCAGCUGGAGGGGGCUAAGGCGCUGGCAUCGGACAUCCUGGCGCUGACAAAACCGCCGCCGGGCCUCGAGAUGGACGAUGAAGAUGAUGGGGUGGAUAUCACCUUUGAGUGUACUGGGAAGGAAGUGUGCAUGCACACGUGCCUGUAUGCUACCCGGCCGGGCGGCAAGCUCAUCAUGGUCGGUAUGGGCACGCCGAUCCAGACCCUGCCCAUGUCGGCGGCUCAUCUCAGGGAGAUCGACAUUCUGGGCAUCUUCCGCUACGCCAACACGUAUCCCACAGGUAUCCGGCUCCUGUGCAGCCAGAGCCGCGGCGGCGCGGGAUACAGUUUCCCGAGCCUUGAUGAGAUGGCGACCCACCGAUUCAAAGGCCUCAACGCCGCCAAGGGAGCUUUUGAACUUGCUAGCAGGACGGUUGACGAUGACGGUAAUCUGGUGCUCAAGGUCGUCAUUGAAGCUUAA